CUAAAAAAACAAAAUCAACGCAGCAGAGUAGAAAAAAGGGGAAAGAAACGAGAGAGAUGAGAAAGUCCGUAUAUAGGAAGAGGAAAAUGGAAAAAAAAAAAAAAUCGACUCGAGUCGCCUUCUGAGUUGGCUCACCGAGUCUAUCUGUGGAAGGGGAAGGGAGCAGCAAAAGCCCGUAUAACCGAUAAAAAAGGGAUCUUUGGAUUUUUUUCCUUUCUUAAUUUUUUUGUGUGUGUGUGUGUGGGUUGGUGUUGAAAUAGCAAAAAAAUGGUGAACGAGGAGAUAAUUAGUCUCUCACCUCUUUACUCCCUCCUUGUCUCAAUUCUUAUUCCCAACUCUUUCCCUAACCCUAAUUCUUCCUGGAUUCUAUCCUCGAUUUUUCCCCCAAAUCCUGCUUAUGUGGUUUCUUAUCAUCAUCUUCUCUAUCCUCUCAAUCCGCCGUCAAACGCUGGUUCAUCUUUGCUGAGCAGUCUAGACUGUGCUACUAUUGGAGUUUUUGUUUUGUUUUCGAAUGGUUUUGAUUCGAUCGUUUGUGUUCGAGCUUGGAGAUUUCUCAACUCAUCACUUAAUCUUCAAGUUAAGUGGUUUGUUAAGAGCGAAGAGAGUGUAUAUGCCUAUAUAUACUCUACAAUGGAAGGUAACGGUGGUGCUCAUUACGAUGGUUUGAAGAAUAUGGUGAGGAAGAAACGUAGCUUGACCUGUCGUCGUCCUCGCCCUGAGGGAUCGAUUCUCUUAACACCUUCAGAUGGUUUCAGCAAGAUCUCGAGUGAUGACAUACCGGCAUUUGAUACUAACCCUAGGAGGAAAGAGUUCAGUCUUAGCCACUGUAUAUCAAGGGCUGAGUCUAUAGCAGAAUCCGAAAGAGGGAACAAUGAUUCUCGCCGGAGGGAGAUCAUCAACAGAAACAAACGUUCGACUGAAGGUGUACUCGCACCUGCCAGCUGGAAAACCCCUCGCCUGGAAGAUGAAGGUGAUGGCAUGAGCAAUGGAAAGGGAGCUGAUUUGGAUGAGAGAGUUGGUCAAACAAAGAAAAUGAAGCUUAAGAUUGGUGGUGUGACUCGGCUGGUUCAUGCCAAUGGUUCAUCUGGAAAGUCUUCAAAGCCGGUGAAUGAUACUACUCGUUCUAACAACGAAAUGGAGGAAAGUUCAGAAGAUUGUGAAUCCCCUCUAGAUAAGAAGGCUGAUCUCCAGGGAGUUACUUGGAACGCUGAGAAAGGCGAAUCUAUGGUGGGGAGGGGAAAACAAGGGGAGCCAACUGGCUCGGUUCGCAAGAGCAAACGAGCCCCGAAGAAGCGGGCUUUUGAUAGCGAUGAUGAUGACAAUGAUGAUGAGAUCCGAUAUUUGGAGAAGCUGAAAUACAAGAAUGUCUCUGUGUGUAAUGAAGACACUGAGUCUGGGAGGAGGCAAUUGAAGCCAUCUGGGAUCACAAUUGGUGAAAUUUCUGGUAAGAGGAUAUCUGCAUCUGAAAAUUCCCCCGGAGACAUGGAUCUUGCGGACGAACUUGAAUCUGUGCCUGAUGAAAAAGAGAUUGGUAAUGAGAUUAAGAGGGAAUCAACUUUGACUAGUCGCCAACGAGCCCUUGCUUCUUCUGCAUCUGGCAGAUCAAGCACGAUUGAAUUUCCAGAUGGAUUACCUCCAACAACAUCGAGAAGGAAGAAGGAGAAUCUUUCAGAAAUGGAGCAGCAACUGAAGAAGGCAGAAGCUGCCCAAAGGCGAAAAGUUCAGAUUGAGAAAGCUGCAAGGGAGUCUGAGGCAGAGGCCAUAAGAAAAAUUCUAGGUCAAGAUUCGAGCAGGAAGAAGCGUGAAGACAAAAUUAAGAAGCGACUUGAUGAAAUGGCUCAGGAGAAAGCUGCACACGAGGAAAUGGCCCCGACAAGCUUCAUCAGAACAAUAAUGGGUCCUAGCGGAACCACUGUUUCGUUUCCCAUUGACAAAGUGCCUAGCCUGUUCGAUCAACAACCAGUCAGUUAUCCUCCUCCUCGGGAAAACUGUGCGGGUCCAUCGUGCACCAAUCCUUACAAGUAUCGUCAUUCAAAGACCAAUGCUCCUCUGUGCAGCCUCAAAUGCUACAAGGCGGUUGAUGCGCAGCGACAGACCACACCGGCGGUUGAUGCGCAGCAACAGACCGCACCGGCGGUUGAUGCGCAGCAACAGACCGCACCGGCGGUUGAUGCGCAGCAACAGACCGCACCGGCUUAGAUAUUGAUUGAUUUAUCUCCUUCGGAGAGGAACUUAGCUUCCCGAAUUCUUUUUCUUUAUACAGAGAGACAUGAUGUUGCUUUAGUUUUGUUUUACUUUGCUUUAGACUUGUCUGAUCAGGGGAAGACCUCAUUUUCUUUUGUGACGAGACGAUAUCUUGGCCGUCCAUUGGCUUUUGCCAAUCAAUCAUCAUACCCGUUCAUUUUAUACAAAUCUCCAACGGCUAUCUCACAGUAUCGUUAUUUUAUUAUUAAAAAA